CCUCUUGAAGGAUAUUUUGACAUCAUCGAAUUUUCCUGUCCCCUUGACGUCACCCGUUUAUCGAGGUAUAAAAAGGAACGAAAUUCAUCGAUUAAUUCCAGUUUAUCUCCAUCCCCACCUCGUAUCUUCCCCACGCAUUCGUAGACUUCUUCUUAACUGUCAUGUCUUACAACAACAACAACAACAACAACAACAGCGACUUCGGUUCGAAUGAUUCUUAUGGAUCAAACAACAACUCGAACUCGGAAUCUUACGGUGCGAGCGAUAGAGACACCGGCGCUCGCGGUGGUCAAGGAGAGUUUGGUCGUUCGAACGAUAAUGACUCUUAUGGGUCGAACAACAACAACUUCGAGUCUUCGGGAAACAAUAGCUCAUACGGCUCGAAGAACAGCAAUUCGUACGGUUCUGCAGGAAACGAUAACUCUUAUGGCUCGAGGGCCAACAACAGUAGUGACUCGUACGGGUCUUCGGGUAAUCACGGCUCGAGGAACAGCAACAACAGUAACUCAUACGGCCUUGCAGGAAACAACGACUCGUAUGGCUCAAAGAACGACAAUAACAACGAUACCUACGGGUCUUCUGGAAACGAUUCUUACGGUUCCAAAAAUCAUCAUAACCACCACGGUUCUUCAAACAACAACAAUUCCCCGGACUCUUACGGUUCUAACCCCAACUCAUACAGUUCCAACAACAAAAAUUCCUAUGGGUCCAACAACACGGAUGCCUACGGCAGUUCGAACAACGAUUCUUAUGGCUCGAACAACAACGACUCCUACGGCAGUUUGAACAACAAUUCUCAUGGCUCGAACACCAAAGAUUCUUACGCUGCUUCGAACAACAAUUCUUAUGGCUCGAAUACCAAAGAUUCUUACGGUGGUUCGAACAACGACGACUCCUACGGUAGUUCGAACAAUGACUCUUAUGGCUCGAGCAACAACAACCGUAACAACGAUUCCAACAACUCUUCCACUUAUGGAAAUAACGACUCUUAUGGGUCCAACAGCUCCAACUCCAACAACCAAAGUGGAAACCAGAAUCAGAGUUCCACGAAUUCCUACAUCGAGAAAGGUGUUGCGUACGCAGCUGAGAAGGCUGGUUAUAACCUCGACUCGCAAACGGCUGACAAGAUCAGCAACGCCGUUUCUGAGGGGCUGGGCAAGUUCGGAGGCAAGUGGUAAACUCGAAAUACGUCGUUCCACGGUAGUUGUUGAACAGAUGAAAUGAAGAUUGACAAGGUUUUGUCCAGGAUAAUCAUUAAAUUUGAGAUGUAGUAUAAGAGAAGUAUGAUGGACUGUGUGUACUCUAUACGGACAUAAUUGUCUUUCACAUAUAAUGCUGAGUCGGCCAGAUGGAACUCAUCGAAGCAAACUGGAAACCCUUUCUUUGCGAGAGCGAAUAAUGGGGUUCAUCUUCUAGUGUCUUCGGGUGGGCUUGGUCACGAAUUUACGUUGAAAAUUAAUCGACCAAGUCAUCAACAUCGAUUGUUGAAAACACUUCAUUUGGCUUUCCCUAA